UGUGUAUUACACCAUUCGUUUGCAGACGGUCCUCCAGCUUGCCUACAUACUUAUUUAGACAAACUAAUUGGAAAAUGUUUUCAGGAAACAUGAAGCUCUUGGCAAUUGUACUGCUAGCCGUGGUGGGAUCUGCGUUGGGGGGAGUCGUUAGCUACGAGAGAUGCGGCGGCGUAGGAACUCUUACGCAACUAAGGGUAGAAACAUGCAAUGGAACAAGUUGCCGUCUGAAUCCGGGCACUCCAUACCUAGCUGAAGGAGACCUGAUCCCGAGCACCGCCUCAAGCCAAAUGCACCUCAGGGUCACAACUACUUAUUUCACUGGAGAACUAGUUAUUAUCGAUACCGACCUGGACAACUCAUCCGUGCAGCCGGGACUAACUUACGUAAUCAAAUUCACAAUUGUUCCAAAUGAUGUCUUGGCCGGAAGUACGCUUCCCAUUCGUGCGUCAAUUUCAGACGUAGCUUCUGGCCGUGUGGAGAUUUGUGCUCACUUCCAAGUCUUUAUAAAUUUUCCCUAAUAAAUACAUAUGUACCUAAAAGAUAUCAUCCUGUUAGUACUAUUAGUUAUGAAAUUCCAAAAUACCAAAUGCCUUAUUUUAAUUAGUAAUUAAUGUAUAAGUAAUGCAUGUUAUAAAUUUAAAUUUAUAACUAUUAAAAUAUUUCUCGACAGAACUAGUUCUCAAAUUGACAAACUUGGCUCCCUUCGAUGCUACCACAAAUAUUUUACUUCUGUUAUUUCACUUAUGUUAAUUGUGCAUAAAGGCCAUGCAGGUACUGCUUAUGUAUUGCUAAUGGUGGCAUAGAUUUCAAAACUGAUAUCUUUUGACACAUAUGUAAAUAAAGGCCGAAAUGAAAUGCUUGUG